ACGCUUCAUUUAUCCCUAUUGUAGUGGUUCUAGUGGAUGAGCAGACGGGGCUGCACUGAGGAGACUCUCAAGAAUGAAUCUGGCUGAGAUGUGCGAUAAUGCUAAAAAGGGGCGAGAAUAUGCGCUGCUUGGAAAUUAUGACUCUUCCAUGGUUUAUUACCAGGGAGUAAUCCAGCAAAUUCAAAAACACUUCCAGAAUAUUAGGGAUCCGGUGGUGAAGACCAAGUGGCAGCAAGUGUGCCAGGAGUUAGUGGAAGAGUAUGAACAAGUGAAAACUAUUGUAAAUACUUUAGAAUCCUUUAAAAUUGAAAAGCCGGCAGAUUUCCCUGUUGCUUUACAAGAUGAACCGGCGAGGGACCCGGCUGUCUGGCCUCCUCCAGUGCCAGCAGAACACAGGGCUCCUCCACAAGUUAGAAGACCCAACAGAGAUUUAAAACCUUUGCGGAAGGAGUCUCCGGCAAUACAGGCUCAUGGACCAGUGGGCAGGGCUCAUCCUAUUUCAAAGAAUGAGAGGCCCUCAAACCGAGACAGGGAUGUGCGAGGCAGGGCGAAAGAUGACAAGAGUCGGAAAAAUCAGCAAGACGCAGGUGGAGAGGGUGAAAUGAAGAAGUUUGAUGGUACUGGAUAUGACAAGGAUCUGGUUGACGCUUUAGAAAGGGACAUUAUUUCCAGGAAUCCCAACAUUCACUGGGAAGAUAUUGCUGAUCUCGAGGAAGCAAAGAAACUAUUAAGAGAAGCUGUAGUCCUUCCCAUGUGGAUGCCUGACUUCUUCAAGGGUAUCAGAAGACCCUGGCGGGGCGUUCUAAUGGUUGGGCCGCCUGGAACCGGCAAAACAAUGCUGGCUAAAGCUGUAGCCACAGAAUGUGGAACGACAUUUUUCAAUGUUUCUUCUUCAACUUUAACUUCCAAGUACAGAGGGGAGUCUGAAAAGCUGGUCCGCUUAUUAUUUGAAAUGGCAAGAUUUUAUGCACCCACUACUAUUUUCAUUGAUGAAAUUGACUCGAUUUGCAGCCGUAGAGGAACAUCUGAUGAACAUGAGGCCAGUCGGAGAGUCAAGUCUGAGCUGCUCAUUCAGAUGGAUGGUGUUGGAGGUGCUCUGGAAAAUGAUGAUCCAUUGAAAAUGGUGAUGGUUCUAGCGGCUACCAAUUUUCCAUGGGACAUUGAUGAGGCUUUACGAAGGAGAUUAGAGAAACGGAUAUAUAUACCCUUACCUACAGCUUCUGGAAGAGCUGAACUGCUGAAGAUAAACUUGCGAGAAGUUGAGUUGGAGUCUGGAGUAGAUUUGGAUAUCAUUGCUGAGAAAAUCGAGGGCUAUUCUGGCGCUGAUAUAACUAAUGUUUGCAGGGAUGCCUCCAUGAUGGCCAUGCGUCGAAGAAUCCAGGGUUUGACUCCAGAACAGAUCCGUGCACUGCCAAAGGAUGAGCUACAGAUGCCUGUUACAAUGACAGACUUUAAUUUGGCAUUAAAGAAAGUUUCAAAAUCUGUUUCUGCUGCAGAUCUAGAGAAAUAUGAGAAAUGGAUGAGCGAAUUUGGCUCUGCUUAGUAAAUGUGAUAAUUGGUGUGACUUUAAUAACUCUGGUACAUUGUGCAGGUUUUAUUUCACCUCCUCUAUUGGCUCAUA